AUGUAUCCAGCGCAACCGCCAACACCCGAAAAUCCACCCGCAAACUACGGCCUAUCGUAUGUUGUGCGCAAGCAUCCGAACCGAUACGCCGUCGCCUUCAACGUCCGUUAUGGCUUGAUCUGGCUCGACCUAACGGGGAUGCCGCCAUCCGUUCAGCUCAACCUGACCCCGACCACCGCGCUCGUCAUCGGUGAAGUCCUCGGCCGACCAUGCCCGGACGUCAGCGAGUCCAUUGGCCUCCAGGGUUAUAAUUUUGUGCUGGCGACUGAAGAGGCCCGUGAGACCGACCCGUUCAAUUUUAUGGCCUGCCCGAGCGACUUCCAAGACGACGAUCAAGAGACGCGGCCUUUGAAAGAUACGAUCAAGUGCCGUCUGACGUUCCACGUGGAUGCACUCAAGGGGCUGAUUUGCCAAGAACUGAAGCCAUUGAACAUGUCGUGCCAGCUCCCUACGCGUGUCCACGAAGGUUUGAGCCGCCUUCAUCGGCGCUUCGGCACAGCAAUUUUCUAUAUCGUGGUUCGCAUACGCGCAGCAAUCCCAGCCCACGAGACUGCCGUCCCGUUCGAGUUCCACUGCAUGUACGACGAAAUAAAUCGCACCAAAAAGACGAUGAAGAUCAAUGCUUUCAUCAACCGGCGCGGCGACUCGAAGUGGCUGAACCAGAGGCCCCACCCCACUAGCACGCAGCAGCAGAAACUGCAGUCGACGCAGAAAGUGAACGAUGAUGAUGAUUGG